AUCCCAUUCCUCCCUCUCGGCACUCCUCUCCAGGCAUUUUCCACCAUCGUCAGCAAAACGUCAUCGUUUUGAUCUCCAUAUCGCUCUGGAUCUCGUCCGAUUAUAUAUCUGAAGAUAGUUUACGUGGAAGAUGGAGGGUAAAAACGAAGGGGAGGAGAAUCCCUCUCGUGGGAAUGAUUGGGAGGUUGUAUCUCUUACAGCAUCAACAUAUGCAGCUGCUCCUGGUCCAAAAGAAGUUGAUCAGAAGGAUUACGAAAGCAGCAGGGCUUAUGAUGAGGAUGGGGAUGAAACUUCUCGGGCUUUAUUCAUGUCUCGUCAUUUUGUGCUUCCACCAGGUCAACAUGAGAAUUUGUCAUUGGAACCUGUUAACAGUGAGAUUCUUGAUUCACGAGUAGGGAAGAAUGUGCCCUCUGAGCUUGGUUUAGAAGAGGGAGGUAGAUCCAGUUGUAAGAAUGAAGAGAGUUGGCCACUCAAGGGGUUGGAUGAAUCUGAAGAGUUUCAUGGGAUGCAGUUGUUUGAUGUGAAGGGAAAAAAUGGUAAAGAAUUGGAAGAAAGCACAACUUUGCAAGAUUUCAGUGACAAGGAACAAAGUGUAUACAGUACAGCGACAUUUGGUUCUCUACACAACGAAACAGCACUUGGUGGAUCAACCACAUAUGAUGAGAACCUUGGAAUUCCUGAAGUAAACGAACCUUCUGAAAAGGUCUUAGAUUUUCCUACUGAUGUUCCUUCCUCACCGAAAGCUGCCAAAGAUGACAGCCUUCCUUGUGAUGCUUGGUGGAAGAGAAGGGUGGCUUCCUUGCAUGCUCAUGCAAAAGAGGCAAAUGCAUUUUGGUCCAUUUUUGUUGCAGCAGCUGUGAUGGGAAUUGUAAUCCUUGGGCAGCGCUGGCAGCAAGAAAGGUGGCAGGCUAUGAUCAACAAUGAGAAAAGUGGGAGGAUAUUGGGGCCAAUAACUCGUCUUAAAGAUGUGAUUGUGGGUGGCCAUCGACGCGGUUCUUUUAUCAGGGGAAGUGUCCCAAGUGACAACUAAGAUAUUGACAAGAAUGUCUGGAUGGUAAAUUACUGUAUUUUUCUGUGUGGCUGACCUGAUUUUCACAUGUCAGAGCUCCGUGGCUAAAUGUUAAAAGUUUGAUAUUGUUGUGCUUCUGUAAUUGUGGUGGUGGUUUUUCAGUAUCUGGCUCGUUGUGGGAGUUCAUUUUUCAUUUGAAGAUUGGCAGGUAGCAGAGAACUAACUGUGUAUCUAAAACACCCAUGAAUUCUGUGCCAGUGGAAGCUUGCGGUGGCACAGAUGUUCCAUUUAGAGAGUUACUCUCUACGUCAGCCCAGAGUUGAAGCCAUUGAGCUGUAGUAUCCACGGUUAAGUCUAUCUAUCAUCACCGGGAGAUGUAUAUGGAUUUUUAAUGGGAUUUGUACAUAUUUCACCUGGUUUGUUAAGAAAAUACGAGGAUUUGGAU